AUGGUGUCUACAUGCAUAUGUAUAUCUUACUCUCCUUCUUUCUUCAACCCUUUUGCUUACACUUAUUCUUCGUUAAAUUUCACAAUCUUUGGUUCGCUAAAACGGAAAACAAAAAUAGUAACGAGUUUCCAAAUUCCAGCAUAUUUCACAGCUAUAUUCGUUAUAACCCGUUUGAUGUCCAUCAUCAAGAUAUCAUCAAAGCCGUUUGAUGUCCAUCACAAGGACAUCAAAGCCCUCGACAUCGCGGACAAACUCUCCGUCGAUCCUUCCGCUGUUGAAGCAGCCUCUCGAGAUUUCGGGCACAUUGCGAAAGCAAUUCCCCUAGCGGUUCUUCAGCCUUCAACGCCAAAAGAAAUUGCUGCGCUCAUAAAACUCAGCUACUAUAAUUCAGUUCCUUUCGGCAUAGCAGCUAAAGGGCACGGUCAUUCCCUCAGGGGUCAGGCAAUGGCGAAUAACGGAGUCGUGAUCGACAUGAAAUCGAUGAACAAAUGUCGGAACGGAACCGGAAUCCGAGUCUCGACCGACGGGCUUUACGCUGAUGUCGGCGGCGAACAGCUUUGGAUCGAAGUGCUGAAUAAAACAUUGGAACAUGGACUUGCCCCCGUUUCUUGGACCGAUUAUUUGUACUUAACCGUCGGUGGAACUCUCUCCAAUGCUGGGAUUAGUGGACAAACCUUUCGUUAUGGUCCUCAGAUCAGUAAUGUUCUUGAAAUGGAUGUUAUAACAGGAAAAGCUGAUUUUAUGACUUGCUCGCCAAAGAUGAAUUCAGAGCUCUUUUAUGCUGUUCUCGGUGGUUUAGGCCAGUUUGGAAUCAUAACAAGAGCGCGAAUUCCACUCCAACCGGCAUCCUUACGGGUUAAGUGGGUACGAGUGCUAUACAGUGAUUUCUCCUCAUUUACCAGAGAUCAAGUCCUUUUAAUCUCGAGAAAUGGACGAAAAGAUCAAAACACAUUAGAUUAUUUAGAAGGUUCACUGCUUAUGGAUCAAGGCUCUCCGAAUAACUGGCGAUCUUCGUUUUUCCCACACUCGGAUCACCCCAAAAUAAUUUCAUUGAUAACCAAGCACCGAAUCAUGUAUUGUCUCGAGGUUGUCAAGCAUUACGAUGAUCAAACGAAAAACACAGUCGACAAGGUGAUGAAACAGAUUUUGCAAGGCCUGAGUUACAUGCCUGGAUUCAUGUUUCAGAAAGAUGUUCGCUAUGGAGAAUUCUUGAAUCGAGUUCGAGCUGGGGAACUGAAGCUUGAGUCACAAGGAUUAUGGGAAGUUCCACAUCCAUGGUUGAAUCUUUUUAUACCCAAAUCCCAGAUAUCAGAUUUCAACAACGGCGUUUUCAGAGGCAUUGUCCUUGAACGAAACAUUACUACAGGACCUGUCCUUGUUUAUCCCAUGAACAGACACAAAUGGGAUGAUAGGAUGUCAGCUGUUACACCAGGUGAAGAAAUUUUCUACGCGGUGGGUUUUUUGCAUUCAAGUGGAUUCAAUGAUUGGGAAGCUUUUGAAGAUCAAAAUAUGGAAAUAAUGAAGUUUUGUAAUAGAGCUGGUAUUGUGGUUAAGCAAUAUCUUCCUCAUUACAGUACCAAGGAUGAAUGGGUUCAUCAUUUCGGCUCAAAAUGGAAGAUCUUUCAACUAAGGAAACAUCAGUUUGAUCCAAGAAUGUUAUUGUCACCGGGACAAAGAAUUUUUAAUAAUAAUUAAUAUAUUUGUAUUUUUAAGGAUUUU